CACCACGGCAGCGGUGGACAGUAAACGGAAGUGACGCCCGCGAGGGAGCCUACUCUGCUCCAUUCCUCCUCCCUCCGACCGAGCUUCAGCCAAUCAGAAUGGGACGGGGCGGGGCCGGAGCAGAAGUGCAGCCAGCCGGCGCGCGGAAUCCGAAGGAAUUUACUCGGCCCCCCCGUAACACCGACCAAUCGACGGCCCCAGGAGCUCGCUGUGUUUACUACCGACUGAAUCCGUGAGCGCUGGUGACCAAUCACCAUUUUCCUUACAACACGUAAAACUGUUAUCAAACGCCUUUUAAGGCGGGAUUUAGUACUAAGCGGCUCUAGGUUUGGACUGUAGAAAAGAGACUUUGUGCUGCAGCCAAUCGAGAGCCGCUGUGGUGGAGGUGAGCGGGUUUUCCGCCUAAUUGUGCCAAUCACAGUCGCGGCUCUCUGAGGUCUGCGCGAGCUACGGGGCGAGCCCGCCGGGACGGUGUCCCACCAUUGGCUGGACCCAAAGAAUUUCUCCGCUCUCGCGGCGGCGCGCCCUUCGGUGACCUCCGGAUCUCUCUCCGCAGUUCUUUCUGCUGCAAAAACUAUUGGGACGAUUAGUGACCUCGUUUGUGGAAUCUUGAAAGAAAGCAACUUGGAUAACAGACGAGACGACCUGACUUCUUGCCCUUCAAAAAUGCCCUUCUUUGGGUCCACGCUUACAGGAGCUUCUUUGGCCCUUCGGCUCUGGUAGGUGAUUCAUAGUCCCACACAAGCCUCAACGCGCAGGCAGAGCGCUAGUUCAGCAAAGAGGACUGGUGCCUGUAGUGGGCAGAAGUCCCGCCUCUCCGGGGCGGGGCGAAGAGUGGGCGGGAACGGCGCCUCCGCAUUCCCGGGGAGAGCGAGUAGGGGGCGGUGCCGGGGGGGAGGAGCCACGCCGGCUCCGCACGCGCGGGGCGGAGCGGGUGAGGCCGCGCCUCUUCCGUCCUGUUGCCGUGCAGUCGCAUGUGGAGUGGCAAACACGGCCCGGGGGUGUUCGUGUAAACGCCUAACCUUGGCGACCGGACUGGCGAGAUGGCGGCGGAGGUGUUGUCGAGUGCGAGGUGGCUGUACUGUGGGGAGCCCGACGACAGCCACAGAGCAGUACUGGUCCAGUUCUCCAAUGGGAAGCUGCAGAAUCCAGGCAACAUGCGCUUUACCUUGUACAAGAGCAAUGACUCCACAAACCCCAGGAAGAGAGGUCAGCGGAUCCUGGCAGCUGAAACAGACAGACUUUCCUAUGUGGGAAACAAUUUUGGGACUGGAGCCCUCAAAUGCAACACUCUGUGCAGGCACUUUGUGGGAGUCCUGAACAAGACCUCCGGCCAGAUGGAGGUGUAUGAUGCUGAAUUGUUCAACAUGCAGCCACUGUUUUCAGAUGAAUCAGUCGAGAGUGACUCGACACGAGAGAAUGAGGCCAAAACUUUUAGAGAAAAGAUGGAUUCUUGCAUUGAAGCCUUUGGAACCACCAAACAGAAGCGGGCUUUGAAUUCCAGAAGAAUGAACAGAGUUGGCAAUGAAUCUCUGAAUUGUGCAGUAGCUAAAGCCGCAGAGAAUAUUAUUGAUGCAAAGGGUGUGACUGCUCUGGUCAGUGAUGCCAUCCGUGAUGAACUGCAAGAUGACUCCCUGUACCUUCCUCCCUGCCACGCUGAUGCAGCCAAGCCUGAAGACGUGUAUAAAUUUGAAGACCUUCUCUCCCCUGCUGAGUAUGAAGCUCUUCAAAGCCCAUCUGAAGCUUUCAGGAAUGUCUCAUCAGAGGAAAUCCUGAAGAUGAUCGAAGAGAACAGCCACUGCUCCUUUGUCAUAGAAGCGUUGAAGUCUUUGCCAUCUGAUGAGGAGAGCCGAGACCGCCAGGCCCGAUGCAUAUGGUUUCUGGACACGCUCAUCAAAUUUCGAGCACAAAAAGUGAUUAAGCGGAAAAGUGCCCUGGGACCUGGGGUCCCCCACAUCAUCAGCACCAAGCUGCUGAAGCACUUCACCUGCUUGACCUACAACAACGGCAGCCUACGGAACUUAAUUUCGGAUUCGAUGAAGGCGAAGGUCACCGCGUAUGUAAUCAUACUGGCUUUGCACAUAAGCGACUUCCAGAUUGACCUGACACUGUUACAGAGGGACUUGAAGCUCAGCGAGAGAAGGAUGAUGGAGAUAGCGAGGGCCAUGAGGCUGAAGAUCUCUAAGAGAAGGGUGUCUCUGGCAGCUGGCGGGGAGGAGGAUCACAAACUGGGCACUCUGUCCAUCCCGCUGCCUCCAGCCCAGACCUCGGACCGCCAGUCAAAGCGGAGGAGGAUCACCUAGAGGGUGCUUUCCAGAUGGAGCAUUUUGGCCACACGGAGCCACUACUUGUGUUAAUUUCUAUUUUUAUUUUUAAAAUGAGAAGGAAAAAAGAAGCCUUGCUUUGGCGUGGGUACGAAGCCAGAAGCAGCAUCUCAAGUCGUGCUUGUGUUCGGUGGAAACAUAAAUUGAUCACCAUGUUGGAUUUCACCUCUCCCCUCUGGUGUCGCUGUGAUUAUAAAUGGCAGGCGGUUCCUGUGGGAGGGUGGGGCCUGGGGAAGUCCGAGCCAACAGAUCUCACAGGCUGAACCCUAGGCCAGAUCUAAUGGAUCAGUGUUAAUAAAGAGGGCUGUGAAGAGA